AAGAAGGGCAAAAGGCUGACUUGAAGUCGCCUCGUGGCCCCCGCGCGCAUCUUGGCGUGAAUACAGGAAAUUCUUGAUUCUUCGUCGAGAAUCCUUUACAGUUUCCACCAUCUCUACAUUGACGCAAGAAAAUGGAGGUUCAGCAAUGGUGGAGAAUGAGGUUCUCCUUCAGGAACGCAACAAUACUCGUGUGCUUCUUUAACUUACUUGUUGCCCUUUUCUUGAUCCAAGGCCUUCUUUCUUCCACCUACACCCGAAAUAAACUCUCCAGUACACCCUCCGAUUCAGAUCAACUAAGCUAUAUCAAGCAAUCUGAAGAGAUUCGUCUUGCCAUGCUACCACUGGAGCUGAUAAAAAGAGUGAAAGAGAUUGAGCAGGAAGCAUACACAGGACCAGAAAAAGUCCAGCAGAAAGACACUAAGCAGACUGCUGCAGUUGAUCUGUCUAAAAGGUUGAAGGAUUUUCGUUCCCUCAAUGAUGCUGCCAGCUUGAAAGCCCUUGAGGAAUGGAGGAGGAAACGGAAGAUGGAGAGAGCCAGGCAAAGACAACUGGGGAAAAAUGGAACUGCCUCCUCUUAAGCUUGACGUGUGAUUGAGCAUUGCUCACCCAUUAUUAUAGCCCAGUUCUGAACUGAGCUGUUACCUUUUUCAAUGGUUUGCUUCACUUCAGGUGUAUUAUAUAAUUGCUGCAGAUGUAGGUUAGUUUUGUUUAAUAUGUUCAAAUAAUCACUGCAAUCACAAUGAAAACAUUAUCUUCUGUCCCUGUUUUCUAAAAGCAAAAGCAACUUUGUUCCGGGCUAGAUA